GCCUUACGCCUAAUCCAGCGGCUACGAAAUAAAACACAUCCUCCUUCCUUUACUUCUCCCGUUCGUCCCCCGUGCUCUUUCUCCCUCUCGUGGCGCUGGGCGACCGCCUACGCAGGCCAGGCGCCGUCGCCCUAAGCUACGCCAGGUUCCCGGGUCUUGGUCGGUCCCUUCACCGGCGAAGAGCACCCACCAGACGCGCCGGUGCCUGGAUCCGGAGGAAGUGCUGCGGGUUUCGGCGGUUCGUCUCUCUCGUUGUUUCCGGCGGGGUUAUGAAGGCGGUGGGAUACAACCUCUACGAUAGCAGCGGGACUGAUGACGAUCUCCCUCCAGCACAAAAUAGAGGAUUGAGAGGACGGGUUUUCAGUGGGAAUGGCCGAGCAUCUGCUGGGGCAUUUCCUUACAUGAGGGCAAAUAAUGAUUUGGAGAGUGAAAUACAUCGAGUUGAGCAAGAUGCAUAUACUGGUGUUCUUAGGGCAUUUAAAGUGCAAUCUGAUGCAAUAUCCUGGGAAAAAGAGAGCUUGAUUACUGAACUCAGGAAAGAACUGAGGGUUUCUGAUGAGGAGCAUAGGGAGCUAUUAAAUAAAGUCAAUGAAGAUGGGAGCAUCCGUCAAAUGAGGGAGUUAAGACAGGCAGGUGGAAUCCCAAGUGGUCUGCAUCGUGGCAACAGGGUUUUAUAUGAUGCAGAACCUGGGCCCACUACCAAGAGGCAAAGGGCAUCUCAUUCGAUUCCUUCGCAAUCUGCAGGCCUCCAGUCCCCUAUGAUGCCCUCCCACUCAGUUUCAUCUGCAAAAUGGGGUCCUUUGUCAGCAAGAGGCAAGAAGGCGAAGAUGCCCAUUCCUUUGGUGCUACCAUCUGUGGAUCCAAGUUCGUUAAUAAACCAUAAAGUUUAUACAAGGUGGCCAGAAGACAACAACUUCUAUGAGGCCACCAUAACAAAAUAUAAUGCUGUGACGGGUGAGCAUGAACUCGUCUAUGACAUGGGCACACAAGCCGAGACUUGGGAAUGGGUUAGGCUUUGUGAUAUGGCACCUGAAGAUAUAAGAUGGGAAUUUGAUGGACAUCUUUCAAAUCAUGAUGGCUGGGGCCCUUCUGGCCCUAUGCUGAAGAGGCACAUGACCAACAACGGUGCUAUGGCAGGUUCAAUCAGGGGAAGAGGAAGGUUAUCGAUAAAUGAGCCUAUAAAAGACUAUGCUCCACCUCAAAAUGACAUCAAUAGGAAUUUUGAUUAUAUUGACAUACCAAAUACUGAAAGUGUUGUUACUGAGGUGGAGAGGGUGUUGGCCAAUCCAAAUAUGCCUGAAAUCGAGAAGGCAAGGAAACUGCUGAAAGAUCAGGAGCAGUCAUUACUUGAUGCAAUUGCCAGACUUGAUGAAGCAUCUGAUAGCGAUAGUGGUAACUGAAGAUAUGGCUAUGGAAGACCGAAGGGGUUCUGCUGGGGUCCUGGGGAAUGGAACGGCAUUGCUACUUAGUUGUUGGAAUUGGAAGAUUAACAUGCAUCUGUGUAUCACCUACCUCGACCACAGAACAAACAAACCACAUUAUGGCAAAAAAAUUGACAUGCCAGAAAAUGGUGCCUGGAAACUGUUGAUGCCUGAAAUGGGAUUUGCUGGCUACACAAAAUUGAGCGCACGAGGAGCAGGGAUAUGCAAAUGUCAGAACUGUUUGAAUGGUGUUUCCUAUGUAGCGUAGUAAAAGUAGCUUAAAUGUUCUAGAUGAUUAGCACGGAUCACUUAGCAUUCCUGAUUCAGUAUAGGUAGAUGUCUAACUCUAGCAUAAUAUCCAACUUGGUUGUUCUUGUACUCUAAUGUGAAAAAGGACGUUGUUCACUCUUUUCAUGUUGGCUGCUUGGCUA